AUGAUACUCGGGGGGCAUCUCCUCGAAAGUUUCGCGGGCGAUUGCAUCUCCGCACGAAUUGGGAGCGGACCACCGGUGGCGUCCGCGAUGCCCGACCUCCCGCCGUCAAAACAAACGUUCGCGGCUCUAAUCAAUGGCCACGCAAACGGCCGCUAUCGACAGCCGCCUGGCCGCGUCCCUCGCCGCCGCCGACGGCCCGUCAAACGCCCUUCCAAAUUCAAACGAGAGAUUGACAGUGACGCGAUAUGGAAAUCCCUACGCAGCGACACGUUGACGCGCCCUGACAGGUUAUUUUCGCGGGCGCCGACGCAAAAUCAGCGCCGCGGAUUCGUUACGCCGCCCGCGUUCAAC